AUGCUUGAAUUUGUCAUUAUCACCGGCCUGAAAUGCACCGAUGAUAUUGAUGAGUUUAUAUAUACUUCAUCAUCAAAAUCCCCUUUGAUGUUGAAGUAUUUUUCUGAAUCUAGAGGUGGUAUAACUAGGUCAAAACUGAUAACACGUGUGAAGAUGGGAAAUUUUGAGAACUCUGAAGAUGCUUUGAACCAUGCGAUAUUAUAUUUUGUUCAUACAUUCAUGUUAUCUCAACAUAAAGAAGCACCAAUCAAUGUAGCUCACUUCCAAAUGGUCGAGGAUGGUCGGUACAUACACUUUCCAUGGGGAAAGAUAACUUUUGAAAAGUUGAUCAACUCAUGGUGGCAGGAUUUCAGAGUCGCAAAGCAGUUAUAUUCUUUGGGUGGAAUGCCCCACGCUCUAAGUGUCUGGAUAUUUGAGUGUUGCUCUGCGGUAGAUAAAAAAACUACUUUGCAACAUGAAAACAUCAUCCCAAGAAUACUUAACUGGCCUGUUGAGUGUACAAGGCCUAAGUAUGAAUCUUUUAUGCCUGGCAUAUUCAACAAGAAGAAUUUUGUGGUUUUUGAUCCAACAUCUGCUGCUUUCACUUCUGUUGCUGCGAAAAUGCAAACGGCAGGCGAUGAAGAUCAAUCGCGUGUUGUCACUAGAGAUAACGACUAUGAUGAUUUCACCAUUGGACCUACUCAGGAAUUUCUAAGAAUGGCUCGUUUGGCUAAACCUGUAUCAACUGAGCAACUAUCUAAAAGAAUAAAAAUAGUUAUGUUUCAGGAAGUUAGUCCAGUUACGACAGAUGGACAAAAAUCAACAAGUUCUCAUUCAGUACGCCAUGUGUCGGAAAUUGGUGUUUCUCCUGAGCGCGAACAACUCAAGUCCGUUCCUUCGUCCUCCUCAACACCUGAAGGGACUUCUAAGUCUAAUUUAGAUAUGGAGCAGAUAAAGAGUUACAUCAAAGCAUAUGUGAAUGAAAAAAUUGCUGAGCUAAAAAUACUAAUCUCCAAUAUACCUGCUGAGGAGGAGAAAAUUGUUCAUCAUAAAGAAGGUGCAGAAGAAGGAUCAAAAAUAAAAGACAGUGUUUAUAGGAAUGAUUUGUCGGAUGAGCAUAUGAAUAAUCAAGAAGAGGGACAUGAAGAAGAAUCGAAAAACACGCACAUUACUGAAAUGGAAUAUAUAUCGGCUGUUACAGUAUUAUUACCCAUACAUUUGAAUGUAUAUUGA